AUGGACAUUGUUCCAACCCACCAAAGCACCAUCAGCGCUACUGAAUUCACCCCCAUCAACAAACCCAUCAUCGCUACAACAGAUAUCAAACUCGACUCUGAACCUGACAACAAUAUCAACAUGUCCGUCAAUGAGCCUUCCGAACCUGCUACUACCACCCCAACGAUGACUCCUCGCAAGCGAGGUCAUCCACCCAAGAUAUCCACCACUAAAUGCGACUCCGACUCCGAUGUCUCCCCAUCCAAAAAAGGUAAAGUUAGAGGACCUAGGAGAACACUCGGUCCUAUCCCGACCUGCCUGGCUGCCGCUUCCCCAGAGGACAAGAUGAUCCUUCGUAUGCGCGACGAAGAACAUCGUGGUUGGGCCGAGCUCACGAAAGCGUGGAUUGACGCAACCGGUAUCAAGGUUGGGGGGACGACUCUCCGGAUGAGAUACACUACUAUGAAGAAUAAUUUUGUGUCUGUUUCCGAGGAAGAUGUACCCCGUCUCCUGAAAGCCAAAAAAGAUGUCGAGGAGAAAUUCGAGCAGGAGAAAUGGCACAGAAUCACAGAUGAGAUUGUAUCCCAAGGCGGAGAGAAGUACGCUGCUGCGGUGCUGCAGAAGAAAUUCAAAGAAAUGAGCAAGAACCCCACUAGUAUCACCACCGGCGACGAUAACGACGGUGAGAGGGAUGAACAUGGUGAGUAA